AUGCCUAGACUUCGACCCACGUACUCGAAACCGCCUACACCCGACCUAUCCAGAACUUCUUGGACACCUCCCUUCCCUGAUGGCUAUAUCAACGCCGUGCAACGAGAGCAUCCUAUUCUCAAAUUGGGUGAUUAUUGCCCUAAUACGGGCCUGUACUACUGGCAAAAGGAACGAUUCGAGAAACUUGCCACCGCCCCCGACUGUCCCGACAUAAGAAAUACUAAGCGAGCACUCACGGGCUUGUACUAUGGUGUCGAGAACAGUCCUCGCUGUAGUCAGUGUGAGAAAUUGGAUCUACUAUGCACAUCGUCUCCCUGUUCUCAGAACACAUCAUGUACGGGGUGUACACUGACCUUUCACAGGUGCACCUUCGCCCACGGGGGUAGACAUCGGGAUACCGCUACAUGCUCAUCGCGUGCAGAGAAUCACUCAAAUGAUCACCCACCUGUAAACCACCACAGAGACCCUACAACACACGACAGGAAUGCUGGAGAAGUGGAACAGCCAGACUUUCAACCACCCGCAAACCACCACAAAUCCUCCGAUCCAGGAUCAAGUUCCAUCGAUCAAGAAGACUCGGAUGACGAACCGCCUAUCAGGGNNAGGAUCCGGAGCCGUCGCAGUGCUAACAUCAGGCAUGAUGCAAAUGUCAUCAAGCCACGGUCGAGAGACCCCAGCCCUCAUGACACUGUGCAAGCAGCCGGCAUGCAACAUGGAAGCCACCGAAGAACAGUGAUCGAGUUACUGAGCUCACCACCUCCAUCACCUCUCUUCUGUACUCCAUCCAGGACACCCGACGCCGAGCAAGAACCUGCCAUCGAAGAACAGCCCCAAAUGGAUGACUUGAAUGACUUCUCCACAAUCACCAGCGCGGCUGAUCACGAACAAAUCCAAGAACGUCUUCGUGCCCUGGAAGCCGAAAACUACCAGCAUCAAGCAGAAAAACGUCAGGACCGAGAACAAAUCCACAAGCUGGAAGGACAAAUCAGUCAACUCAAAGAACAGCAAGAUCGCAAGCUCAAAGAAGAGAUCCGCGGACUCAAGAAACAGAUGAACUAUGCCAUCAAUCAGCUCAUGAUACAGUAA